AUGGAGGAAAAAUCUGGACAUAGACGAUCAGUCGUCAUAGCAAUGGAUUCCAGUGCCAGCGCUGAAAAAGCUUUCAAAUGGUAUGUGGAGAAUCUGCGCCGACCCGAAGACAACGUGGUCAUGGUGACUGUAGUUCACGUCAUGGAUGUCUUUACACCAGCACAAUGGCGUGAACUGAUGAGUUCAUCUGACUUAGAUGUCUCGAGCUUCAACGUCGAGAAACAAAGACAAACACUGGAACAAAAUUUAGAGGAUCUGAGGGUCAUGAUGAAAGAAGCUAAGGUUGAUGGAACCGUACAAUGUAUCCAAGCAGCAAGUGCAUCGAAAGGAAUUCUGGCUGUAGCAGAGAAUUGUGGUGCCGAUUGUAUAAUAUCUGGAUCGAGGGGGGCUCGGAUCUUCCAGGUUGGUGUUCUGGGCAGCACGACUGAAGAUCUUUUACACAACAGUAAUGUCACAUUGGUUGUAUGUCCAGACUGA